GGAGUUAAUGGGAUACUGUACUUUGGAGCAUCAGAAUAUGCACUUGGAUCCAUUGGGUCCAGUUCAUCGUCUUUUCUGCCUGAAAGCAAUUGCAUAAAAGACAGGUAAGAGCCAAGCAAAGAGGGCAGGCACUUUAAAAAAAAAAAAAAAAAAAAGAAAAUGUAUCUUUACCUCUUUUGCCCUUGUUAUAAGGGGCUGUGUCUUCUCGCCUUUGCUUCCUUCUGUCUCUGUCCCUCCUAUCGUCCCUCUCCCGAUCUCUCUCCCGAUCUCUGUCUCUGUGCCGCUCUCGGUCUCUGUCCCGCUCUCUAUCGGACUUGUCAAAUUGACGCUCACCUCUCUCAUCUCCCUCAGCUGAACAUCCAUUCAAGGCAUUAAGAAAAUGAACUCCAAACCUUGAAAAUAUACUUAGUGUUUUUUCUGACCUUUUUGUUUCUUUGCAGCUUUUGUUAUCUGAGCAGAUGGGUCAUUUGGGGAUAGCCAGGCUACCAAAUCUGUCUCCACAUUCCAGUAAUAAGGAAGACCACUAGAGAACAGAGAAAACAUAUUUACCCCUGCCAUUUGUUAUUCUAAAAUGUUACAAUGACUGAAAAUAUGACUGCAGUAGAACCAUAGUCCACCGUCUCACAGUUAAUGAUCAUACAUAUAUUCACUUUAUUAUUGUCCACAAUUCUACAGUGUGUGUUAAAUGGCACAGAUAGACAAAUGUCUGCCAACAUAGCGUUUGUUUUAGCCGUUUGUACCUGUUUAUUCACUUUUAAAUCCUAAAAGUAAUGUUUUGUGGUGAGAACAAUGAUAAAAUAUCAACAGUGUAUUGCAGGAAUCAAGUAUACAUACCAGGCAGGGUCAAAGACUUUAUACCAGUUUGGUGGCAGAUUUUCCACCCUGGUGGCUUCAUAAUCUACAUUGUUGUCAUCAUAAUCUUCAGCAAUAAUCUCCUCAUCUGCCCCUGGAGAAAAAAUGUCAUAUGGCACAGGAAUUAAAUAAAAUUGAACUCGGGGCGUUUCUGUUUUUUCCCACCCAACCUUGCUCUGAUGGUUUCACAAUCCCUCUCUUGGCCAAGCGGGCCAGUAGUGCCGGAGGAAGAGGCAUUCUGCAACAUGGAGGAAACAUUUAUGAGCCAAAGGGUGCGGAUUAAUUUGUCUGUCUGCAUGACAAAUUUAAAUGUAUUGACUCAGAAACUUGACGAAAUACAAAAAAGGAAAAAAAAUAAAGUUAGGCAAACUACUAAAUGCAAGUCACAAUUUCAGCGUAACCACUACAACACAGAGGUAACCACGAAUUCAACAAUGGCAGCGGGCUCACGUUGAAGAAGUUCUCCUCAAAGUGGUAACUGAAACAAUCAGUGAAUAUCAAGUAAUGUCAAAAAGGAAAUUAUAAAUAAUAAUAAUAAGGAACGUAACAAUCACCUUAAAAUAAUCGCCUCUUUGAAUGAGGGGUGCAGAAAUUUCCGAUACGACGUCCAGCAGCGGUACAGGCUGCGCACGUUGAUGACGUAGUAGCAUUGCCAUCUAUUUUUGCCAUCUUAACUUUCUACUUAUUUCAAAAUAACCUUUAUAAGGCACACACAAAUAAACGAUGUUGGUGAUAUCUAAUUAAAUCAAAGUGAUCAUCUAUAACAAAAAAACUGUUAUUUUAGGACAUAGUUUGAACGAGUGAUCGAUUUAUACUCCAGACCACUAGGUGGCAUCUUAAAGCGGCGUGCCAAACUUGCCUACAUGCAUUCAAAAGAAUGAAGUAGAUCGAGCGGCGGAGGAAGAGAUGGUAAUGACAGUGACGUCACACAUUUCUUGGCCAUAACAAAUAUGGAGGAAUAUGCUCGUGAGCCUUGCCCCUGGAGGGUAGUGGAUGACUGUGGAGGUGCCUUCACCAUGGGUGCAAUUGGAGGAGGGGUAUUUCAGGCUAUCAAGGGCUUUCGAAACGCCCCAGCUGGUGUUGCACACAGGCUGAAAGGUAGUGGCAAAGCAGUGAGGAUAAGAGCUCCACAGAUUGGCGGCAGCUUUGCAGUAUGGGGAGGCCUGUUCUCCACAAUUGACUGUGGUUUAGUUCGCCUCAGAGGAAAAGAGGAUCCCUGGAACUCUAUAAGUAGUGGCGCUAUGACAGGGGCCAUACUGGCUGCACGCAGUGGGCCAUUAACCAUGAUGGGCUCCGCCAUGAUGGGAGGAGUUUUGCUCGCACUCAUUGAAGGUUUCGGAAUCCUUCUAACAAGAUACACAGCGCAACAGUUUCAGAAUCCCAUUCCCUUUGCAGAGGAUCCCAGUCAGUUACCUCCAAAGCAUGAUGGUCGGCAGUCAGCACCCAAGGGUCAGUUUCAGUAGAUCAACGGAGGAUAGAUGUUGACAUGACGACACAAGUCCAGCAGGGAAGCACUUGAACUUUGCAGCAGGUACCGACAUGAUGAGAUGGAGGCAGGGUCUUCUACUUUGGUGUGAAAUUGUUGCACUGUGUAUUUACCUCAGGUGAAAAUUACUGUGAAUGUUAAUAACCAAAGAUGUGAUAUUUUUGUAUGACUAGGGAUUGGUUUUAUGCAGCGUUGACAUGAUCAAGAUGAGAUCAUUCAGAAAGGUCAGGGCAUCAGCUAGUUUGACAUUAUGAGAAAUAUUUGAUAUCUGCUUUUUUGCAGGGAUUCAGAUGAACCUUUUGUCGAAAGAGUGGGGAAAGUAGCCGGUUAACUUUCUGUUGAUACGGUUCAUCAAAUAUUUACCAUUUUAAAGUAAUAGUAUUCAUUCAUACAGUUCUGCAUUGCUUGCUGCAACAGACAAGAGCAAAUGUGUCAAAUUGGACCUGAUUGUCUAUAAAUUGCUGAAACUGAGGCAAUAGCGAUCAAACACAAAGCACUUUAAAAAAAAUCCUUCUGUUCUUCUAAAAGGGUAAAAGGUAAUUUAUCAACAUGAUCAUGUGUUUGAUAUGUAGAAUGUUUGUUAUAUUAAUGAAAAUAUUUUGUGUAAGUGGUUAAAAUAAAUAAAGACAUCAAAUGUGCUUUAAAA